GGGAGGCGCCUGCGCAAAGGCCCAGAGCGUUCUCCAGGACUUACCCAGCAGGCAACGCUGCAGCCUCGGGUCAAAAUGGCGAGCAGGCCUGCCGUUGCAGCAUCAAGCCGGUGGCUGGAGGGUAUUCGAAAAUGGUACUACAAUGCUGCAGGGUUCAAUAAACUGGGGUUAAUGAGAGAUGAUACAAUAUAUGAGAAUGAUGAUGUGAAAGAGGCCAUAAGAAGGCUUCCUGAGAACCUUUAUAACGACAGGAUGUUUCGCAUUAAGAGAGCACUGGACCUGACCAUGAGGCAUCAGAUCUUGCCUAAAGAGCAGUGGACAAAAUAUGAGGAGGAUAAAUUCUACCUUGAACCAUAUCUGAAAGAAGUUAUUCGGGAAAGAAAAGAGAGAGAAGAAUGGGCAAAGAAAUAAUGAUGGAGUUGAACUCUGUGGUUGCAGCUGCCCUCAAAUAUUUUUAAGAAGUUGAAUAAACCUGAAGUGUACAAUUUAGAACUAUCUGAGCUGCAAAUAUAUUACUUUAA